GUUUGUGUAUGGGACCAAAAACAUGUCUUCUCCUAAAGUUUACAUCCUGCAGCCUUGGAUUGUGAACCUCUUGGUGAAUUAUGACCAGCCGAAUUCCAGCGAGAAUCUCCUGGCCGCGCAGGUCCUGCGGGUUUUGAGGGACUCAACUGCUCCAGACCAACCUGGGGUCCUCCAAGAUGCCGUCCUACAGGUCUCCGAUGGGUCCUACUACAUCCGCGUGGUCAUUACGGCCGAAGCUCUGCAGGCAGAGGAAAACACCCACAUGCAGCUCAGGUUUUCCAGCCUCAUUUGCAGAAUCAUCGUCUUGCAGAAGUACACAGUGUGUUUCCAGGAGGACGCCAGGCUGGAGGACUGUGAGUUUUACCUCAAGGCCCAGCAGUUCAUGGUGCUGCCCAUGGAGAGACAGAGGUUGGAGUCAUCCAACGGGAACCAGGAGCCCUCUGUGCUGCUGAAGAUAAAGGAUCUCUGGCUGAGGAGUCUCGCCCUGAAGAACGCUCCCAGCUCAGAGCCGUCCAUCUCUCAGCUGAUCGACGCCAUAAGACUAAACCAGCUGGAGGUUUUGAGGGAAAAUGCUCAGGAGUGCUUGGAUUUAGAGGUGCCCAAGGAGACAGUGAAGGACGAGGUUCCCAUCACACAGUGGGAGGUGGAACGCAGGAAAGAGCGGGGUGAGGACAUCUUCAUGGUCCCGGCCAACAUGCUGGUGAUCCCUCCCGAGGAGGAACCAGUUACUUGCGACGCUCCCAAGGCAGACAUGUGCAAAGCAACUCCUGGGAAGAGCAGUGAUGAAAGGACGGUGCCAGAUGACCCAGGUGUCAUCUCCCAAACCAGCUCUGCCGAGUCAACAGCCGUGUCGGAGAGCUUGUCGGAGUCCCUGGACAAUCCCUGGAACAGGCUCAACCCAAUAUCUUUGGCCCUCAACUCUUCAGAUGAGACGAUCCUCCAACAAGACCAUUCCCUGAAGACCCAGCAGGAUGUGGCUGCUGACAGCAACACCCCCGACUUGCUGGAACCGUGCAGCCUGGAUUCUCCACAGGGGGAGCCGGUGCAGACCUCCUCUCCCUCCCUGCUCUGCUCCUACGCCAAUACCAGUCCGGUGGAGACCAGGACCACCCAGAGAACGUCAGCUGCGAAGGCAGCCUGCGAUGCCUCCUGCCCUGCUCAAGGCCCGCAGUACGUGAAGAAGCCGGGCCAGUACAGAUAUGAGGCGCCAAGCCCUGAGCUCUGCAAGCGGAUACGAUCCGUCAG